GCGCGCUGAUUGGCUGUUGGGAAGGAACCCGGAUGUGCCUGGAAGCUGUGUUGGCAGUCUGAGCGCUGAGGUUUGGGCGCUCUUGGGGUCCCGAGGGCCGGGCGGAUGGCUCAGGAUUGGGCGGGCUUCUCUGAGGAAGAGCUGAGGAGGCUGAAGCAGAAUAAAGAUCCGUUUGAACCUCAGCGCCGUCUCCCUGUGAAAAAAACUCGACAACAGCUUCAACGAGAAAAAGCCCUUCUAGAACAGAGCCAAAAACUUGGACUUCCAGAUGGAUCCGCUUCAUUACCUCCAGAGCAGAUGCUCUUUACACCCAAACAGAGAGUUAACAAUGAAAAAACAAGUCCUUCCCUGGCAGUCCCUAACCCUCUCGCACUCAGCUCUUCCACUGGCAAUGGGAAGCCACAAGGUAUUGAAAGUCAGCCACAGGAAGCAGGGCUUCACAAUUCCCACAGCGGCCACAGAAAUGCCGAGGUUCUAACACCAAAGCCAGAUUGCAAAGUGGAAAAAAAGAAAAUGGAAUUGCAAGAAAAAUCUCGUUGGGAAGUCCUCCAACAAGAACAGCGACUAAUGGAAGAGAAAAAUAAACGUAAGAAAGCCCUUUUGGCUCAAGCCAUUGCUGAAAGAUCUAAAAGGACCCAAGCAGAGACCAUGAAACUCAAGAGGAUCCAGAAGGAGUUACAGGCCUUAGACGACAUGGUGUCAGCUGACAUUGGGAUCCUCAGGAACAGAAUUGACCAGGCCAGCCUAGAGUAUUCCUAUGCACGGAAGCGGUUUGACCGGGCUGAAGCAGAGUACAUUACAGCGAAGCUGGAUUUGCAGCGCAAAACCGAGACGAAAGAACAGCUCACUGAACACCUCUGUACCAUCAUCCAGCAGAAUGAGCUCCGGAAGGCCAAGAAGCUAGAGGAGCUGAUGCAGCAGCUGGAUGUACAGGCUGAUGAGGAGGCUCUGGAGCUGGAGGUGGAGGUUGAACAGUUGCUUCGAGACCAGGAAGCAGAGGCAGGCAAACAAGUGGUUCCUGUAGAGAGGUUGUGCCAGCCUGCUGCAGAGAAUGUGUCUUCAGGGUCAGCUGACAGCAACAAAGAGCCUCAAGUGCAAGCUACUUCUCCAGAGGCAGACAAGCCGGGCAGACAUUCCAGUAACCCUCCCCUUAGACUAGACUGCCCAGGUCAAGGAGCCAAGAACUUUUCAGCUGCUGUAGCCACAUGAGGGGCUGGUGUUUGUUUAGUUAGCAUAUCUCUGAGGUAAAUUAGCCUGUCAAUGACAAGAGUUCUUUAAACCUGUUUGUGUUUGAAUCCAUGCUUAGUGUUGGUAUGUUAACAUAUCUCAUCAUUUCAAAGUCACAGGUUGUGACAGUUUUAUAUCUAGGAAGUAUUGACUACUCAGUGUUCCUUCAGUCCUUAUUACUGAGUUAAAAUAAGUAAAUCAAAGGAUGGAAGAGCCUGGGGCCCUGGGUUUGAUUUUCAACACUACAAAACUAGUAGAAGAUAAACUACAUGGCUAGAGGAUUUGAGCAGGUAAAUUCAGAAAAGCAGAGUGAGAGGGUCCUCAAUGCUUGACCAAACUUGUGAUAAAAUAUUGACUGCAUGGUCGAUUUAUGCAGUCAUUAAAACAAAAAUUACCUUAGUGAGAGGAGAAGAGAAAAAUCAGAUUAAAUUGCCUCUCUGGUUACUAUUAGAGUAACCAAAUACAACUUGGAAAUCACAGCUUAUGUUAAGAACUAGACAACUUAAGCCAACAUUAUUUUCCCUUUAAUUUGCCAGUAAAUGGUUUCUUGUUUAUACCUAAAUUUUGGUCAGUUAAUAUACAUUUAUAAACAAACUGUCUAUGUGUAAUUUUACUUUUGGCAUAUUCUGUUUAGCUCAAUCAGUGAAUUGAUAGGUAAAAUAUAGACAAAGGAUUUCUAAAGUGAAUAUGAAAAUGGACAAUGUUAUUGCCACCUGAUUAUCCAGCAAUGAUGUAUUCCCUUCCUAAAAGUCUGUAACAUGGGCAUUUUAUAUGUUGAGUAUUAAUUACCCUAUCGUAAAGUAAAGCAUUUAAAUUGUUAAAGUACUCAUGUUUAGUACUUUCAUAGUUUGUUGAUUACCUGUUCCCUAAUACUUGGCAACUGCUUUGUGCUGUAUAUGAAUGUGUAUAUAAAUAUUUUAGUUUUGCCACAAAGUAUGUUUGUAUUAUCAUAAAUUAUGAUUUAUCAAAAAUUAUAAAAAUUGCUUUCAGUAAUAAAAAAGGAAAAGACAGUUAUAUCCAUAAUACAGUAUAGAAAAGUUGGAGACAUCCUAUUUUUAAAUUGUUUUUUAAGGUAUUAUCUUCUGAUAAUAAGAAUGCAUUGUAUUUUUCUAAGACCUAAGUUGCAAGAAUAAUUUUCCAUUACUAACUUCUAAAUACGAACAUUUAUUUAGUGUUAUUUUUAUUUAUGAAUGACAUACAUACAAAUUUAAACUUCAUUGCCCAAUACAGUCUUAUUUUUCUAAGGAAUAAACAAGUCUGAUGUGUUUACA